AUGAGGAUUCCAAUCUGCGGCUGGAUUGUGCUACUUAUUGUUAUCGGAUCAAGAAGCAGCUGCUCAUUCGCACCAACGAGACCCUUCACCAGAAUACGAAAUAAUCUUGAUGCGUUGUUCAGUCGAAGUCAAACGCAAGAAGAAGAAAUUCUUUACGAUGUUGCAGUGAUUGGAUCCGGUCCUGCUUCUUGUUCACUGGCGGCGCUGCUGACGGCCAACGAUAGCAAUGUCAACGUGGUUCUGCUGAGCAAAUAUGCCGCCAAGCGAUGGACCCCCAACUAUGGGUGUUGGACCGAAGAAUGGGCGACAUUGGAUCGUCUCUAUGCCGAUCGAGGUGUCACGGGUUUGAUGGACCUUGGCGUCGAUAUUCAUUGGGACGACACGGACUGUUUCUUUGGAGAAUUCGACGAUGGGGUUCUCGAAAAUCCCAAUGCAAACGACAACCAACAACAGGAAGGCGACUAUCGACGAUCCAUUGGACGAGAGUAUGUGAGAGUAUCUCGAGAAGGAUUAAAGAGCAUUUUCUAUGGCGACGACGACGACGACAACAGAAACUACACAGUCAUUCCAGAAGACGUGUUGGGAAAAGCCAUCAAUCCCAACAUGUUUUUGCCAGCUGGAUCCAUUACCUUUCACAAAGACUUCACGGAAUUGACGCUUAAAGAGAGCGGUCGAAAAAUCAGAGCCAAGAUUGUCGUGGAUGGGACCGGCGCCGAGUCGUCCUUUACCAUUCGAGACCAGCGAGACCGAGAAGGCUAUCAGAUUGCCUAUGGAGUGGAAUGCCACGUAACUGGUGCGGGCGUCACCGAAAGUCAUGUCGGAGACUACGAUCGAUCCAAAAUGACACUCUUUGACUUUCGCUCCGAAAAAUGGCGGCAAAGCAACCAAGACGACGAGAUUAAACAACCCACCUUCAACUACGUCAUGCCUCUGUCCCAAGAUGUCAUUUUCUUGGAAGAAACGUCGCUCGUGGCCAACCCGGCCAUGUCCUUUGAGGAAUGCAAGAGGCGCUUGACGGAGCGAAUGAAGAGUCAAAAUGUGGAAAUUACUGAGAUUUUAGAGGAAGAAUUUUGCUACAUCCCCAUGGGAGGAGGUUUGCCACGGGCAGGACAGAGAAUUGUACCGAUUGGGGCCGCGUCGGGGUUGGUUCAUCCAUCUACGGGAUAUCAAGUGGGACGCGCACUGAGCAGCAACUUGGAUGUCGCCGAGCAAAUUGUCGCCGAACUGAACAACAAAAACAACGAAUCCUUGGAUCCCGAUGCCGCGGCAGCACGCAUCUUGGGGAGAAUUUGGACACCGGAGGCGAUUCGUCAGAGAAGCUUUGCCGUCUUUGGUGGGGAGUUUUUCAUGUCCCUGAAUGUGAACCAGCUCAAGCAUUUCUUUGCUGGAUUCUUUCGCUUGGAUCCGUCCAUGUGGGGUGGGUUUUUGGCCGGAUGGAAGAAUCUACCUGGAUAUGACAAUCACAAGAAUUGGAGUGCCAGGCUAACGUUUGGCUUGACAGCACUCUCGAAACUAUCUCCCAAAGUUGGCGUGGGAAUGGCAGGAUCCAUCCUCCAAUACAUACUGACCGAUGAAUGGGGAGUCGAUUUGAUCCAGUCUGUCACGCCGUUGGCUGGAAGCCCCAAAGGCUACGAGGAGGCUCUCGAGUUUCGACGACCCGAAAACAAGGGUGACCAGCCCGCCAAAGAUGAAGCCAUGGCCCUCUUGUGUGCCUGUGAUCGAUGCCAAGAAGAAGGAAACCAAAGAACAGAGACCAAGAUUGCGGCUUGA